AUGGCGCGAAUGAGUUUAACACCUCUUCUCGUCUUGUCCCUGGCCUGGGCAGCCUCGGCAACCGAUAAGACGCUCAACUCUACCCUCGACAUCUCGCUCGCUCAAGCGCCUACAGCCUUGGACAAAGUAGCGUUGCUUCCUUCGCCGUCUGACUGGAGGUUCGACUUCUUCGCACAACCUACGUACCAAUACAACCCCGGCGCCGUCAUCAACGCCAAUGCCGCCACAUUCCCAGCGACAGUGGGAAACGGCCUCACCAUGUCGUGGGUGAACCUAGGUCCCUGCGCUAUGCAGCCGCCGCACUACCACCCACGGGCUUCGAACUACAUUGUCGUUAUUGAGGGAACAGUGGAGACCUACAUGAUUCCCGAGAACGGCGGGGAGCUGAUCAAGGUCCUGCUGGAACCAGGUCAGAUGACGCUCUUCCCCAAAGGCAGCCUGCACUCGAUGCAGAAUAUGGGCUGUGACAAGGCGACGUUGGUAUCGGCGUUGAGCACCGAGGACCCCGGUACCCACAACGUGGCAAACGGCCUCUUCGGCUUGCCCCGUGACAUGGUUGCGGCUGCAUUCGGGGGCAGCUUGAGCGCAGAUGACCUCGACACCAUAUAUGGCAAGAUCCCACCGGUGGGCACUGGGGUCACUCUUGGUUCUGCCAGCUGUCUUAAAACAUGUCAUAUGAAGUGA